AUGAUGAGUUUUAUAUCAUUUCUGGCGCUGCAUGGGGCAUUCUAUCUCCUCUGGCUCUGGCCUCACACUCCCUUUGAACUUGCAGUGAAGCCAGAGAUAAUUUCUCUUGCCCAACAAAAAGCAGGUCUCACUCGUGACGGGCCUCCAGUACACAGUGCAACUUCUGUUAGAGAUUACUGGACCAACGAGUAUAACUGGACAGAAGUCCAGAAUGACAUAAAUACACGGUUCAAGAUGUAUACCACCACGGUCAACGCCCUUCCUAACUCCAACUACAACGCAUCUGUUCCCCUCCACUUUGUUCAUCACCGCUCCAACCGUACAGAUGCAAUACCAUUGCUCUUCGUCCAUGGCUGGCCAGGCUCCUUUCUCGAAGUCGCCAACCUACUUGAGCCAUUAACGAACCCACCCAACUCGUCAAUUCCCGCAUUCCACGUCGUUGCGCCAUCCAUUCCGGGCUUCGGAUUCUCCCCCGCUCCGCUCUUUCCCCUCUUCGGUCCUCGAGCCGCCGGCGAGGCCUUUAACAACCUGAUGCACCAACUCAACUACACAUCUUAUGUAGUCCAAGGCGGGGACAUAGGGGGAUUCAUAACGCGCUUCAUGGCAUCCUCACACCCCGAAUCCGUCGUCUCGAUGCUCAACAACUUCUGGCUCAUUCAACCCAAUGCGACAGACUUCGGACGGUAUUUUGCAGGGAACACAACGGCGGACGAGAACUAUGUCAUCGAAGAGUUCUGGAAUUUCGAGAAUAAGAGCAGCGGAUACCGAUUUGAGCAGCAGACUCAGCCGUUGCAGAUCGGGCAUGCUAUGACGGAUAGUCCGGUAGGGUUCGCUAUGUACAUUUACGAUUUCAUGUUCCUGACUGUUGACGAUUAUUGGUGGGGUGCUGGAGAACUGAUUACAUGGACAUUGAUGUAUUGGAUCCAAGGUCCAUAUGCAGGAUUUAGGUUCUACAAGGAGAUGGUGAAUGACUAUGUCGUGGAAGAUGGCUUGUUGAUUAACUCAACCACGUUUCCGUACGUGUCCCAGCCCGUUGCAAUUUCAGAGUUUCCAGCAGACAUAUGGUACAGAACUCCACUGGACUGGGCUCAGCGUGGGGGCAACGUUGUAGCGAGGACUGUUCAUGAAUUCGGUGGACACUUUGCUGCUGUCGAAACUCCCGAUCUGCUGAUUGAAGAUAUCAGAUCUUUUUUCGGAAGCAGCACACUUUCUAAUACGAGUAUCUUUAGUUGUUGA